CCCCGCGUUCCACGCGCGUCUCCGGCCGCGCCGCUCGGGCUCCCGGCUUUCCUGGCGCUGCUGCUGGGGUCUCAGGUCGAGGGUUGGGUGCAGCCUCUGUGCAUCCAGGGAGCGCGUUGUUGUUAGAGACCCACGUACGCUCAGGAAUAUCAAGUGGCCCCCUCCCAGCCUCCUUCUAAAACAAGUACUGUAGCUUUUAUUUACCCUUACAGCUCUCAAGUGGGUCCCAUUUUUAGCCACCGAGUGCUGAAGAGUCUGGUGGGAAAGGGACCGAGCUCAGAGUCAGGAAGAAAUACCAUUCUAAUCCCUGCCAAAUUUGUUAAACAGAGUGCCUCGCUUUACCCAGCCAGGCAAUGGGGUUUUCGAUGCCAGCAUUUUCCCGACCGUCCCGAGACGGUCACAGAGGCAGGAGAACCUCGGUGAAAGCACCUUCAGUUGUCUGAGUUUUCUUAAUUGCACACGUUUGCGGAUUAGUAUGCAUGUUUUUAUAUGAAACUGUAAAACUGACCUUAGAGAGUGAUCUCUGAUGAUGUUUAAAUUAAUUCAGAUACCACUUUGAGAGCAAGUGGAAGAGUUUGUGUAGAUGGUGUGAACUGAUGUAUGCACUAAACAAAAAGCUGUCAUUUUAGCGAAACCUUUACAAAGUCAUGAAUUGAGAAAAUUAGACUUUUCAGAUGAAAUACUGCUGUGUGACCACGCAAUGUAUAGUGGAAUACAACCUCACCUUUGUGUACCCACUAAGUUCCUAAGUUCGAGAAUCCCAGCUCCCUUUUAAGUAUUCUACAUAUGAGGUAGACAGUUUACCUCCCUUUCCCCUCCUUAACUUGUAUGGCUGAAAUUAAAUUAGAAAUGUGUACCCUCACCAUGUUAGAAGAUUUGAAAGAAUGGCUUGACGAACCCUGGCUUUUCAUUGUCCCCCUACUUCAUUUCCUAUGCCAUAUGAUGAUCCAGAGAAUAAUUUUAUUUUGAAGAUGCUUAUUUUUUCUCUACCCCUGCUACUCCUUUUGCUACAUUGCCUCCUUCCAGAGUUUGAAUCUUUACUGUGUCAUCUUGCAUGAGUUUUUAUCUAUCUAGGCUCGAUGCCUUGGACCCAGCUGCUUAGUCAUUAUUUCAUUAUUCACUUUCUGUUCUGUUCUUUUCACUGUAAGGCUUCUUUAUUGUGGAAGGAAUGAUGGCCCUUUGCUGUUAAAACGUUGUAUUUACAUGGAGGUAAAUGGGAAUUGGAGGAGUCAAGAGGCUUAGACUAUGUAUUGCAAACUCCAGAGAAGCUGGGUCUUUGUUGUGGUCUUUGAAUAGACCCCAAAGUAAGGUGCAAGAGUUGGCUUGUCUUUUCCUUCAUUUUGGGAACUCUCCAUUGGAGAGAUUCCGUGGUUACCAAGGAAGCCUUGGAGCAGGGAGCGCUCAGAAGCCUGCCUCAGUGACAUACUAAUCAGGAGCAUCACUGACAAGGAGAGGGAAGGAGCAAGUACCUGCUGUGCCUGAGAGGGGAUGGACAGCUCUCCCUACAACCAGAUAACCAUGUGGGGGUUGAUGAAAUAUGGAUACCGACACCAAACUGGUUAUCAGCACUCUUUGUACUAGCUUUCUCACGUUUCAGUUUCUUUUCCACUUUGUAAGUUAUUGGUUUUCUGCAAAAGUUUCUUCAGGUUUUAAUAGUCUCAGCUUGGAAAAGAAGAUUGAAUGGAACUCAAGGGUAGUGUCUACAUGCCAUUCUUUGGUGGUUGGGAUUUUGGGCCUAUAUAUUUUCUUCUUUGAUGAGGCUACUAGAGCUGAUCCACUUUGGGGCGAUUCAUCAUUUGUGAAAUUAAAUAUUGCUACUGCUUCAGGCUACCUCAUUUCCGAUUUGUUGAUUCUCAUUUUCUAUUGGAAAGUGAUUGGUGACAAAUUUUUCAUAAUUCAUCAUUGUGCAGCGCUGUAUGCAUACUGCUUUGUACUGAAAUAUCGAGUGCUGGGUUACAUUGCAAAUUUUCGACUGCUUGCAGAGCUUUCCAGCCCUUUUGUGAAUCAGCGGUGGUUCUUUGAAGCUCUGAAGUAUCCAAAGUUUUCCAAAGCUAAUGUCAUCAAUGGAAUUCUCAUGACAGUCGUGUUCUUCAUUGUGCGUAUUGCUGUAAUACCUCCUUUCUAUAGCUUCUUGUAUUCCGUGUAUGGAACAGAACCCUACAUCAGGCUGGGAUUUGUAAUACAGUGUUCCUGGAUCUCUACUUGUAUUGUUUUGGAUGUGAUGAAUGUCAUGUGGAUGAUCAAAAUCUCUAAAGGGUGCAUCAAAGUCAUCUCUCUCAUCAGACAAGAGAAAGCCAGUAAUAGUCUUCAGAAUGGAAAACUUGAUUAAAGGUGUGGUUUGUCAAACACCUUUGACUAGAUAAGCAAUCUUCAUUUCUACCCAGCAUUAUAUCUACUAAUAGGAUGAAUUGGCAUGUUCUUGUGCUUCCUUAUGAAUUAUCAUUGUUAUUCAGGGUUUCGGUGUCAUAUUUUCUUUUUUUUAGAAGAAACUAAAAUUUAGUCUUUAUUCCAAGCUUUUCCCUUUUCUUCUGCAUUAUAAGCAUGGAUAAAAUCUUAAAGUUUUAAAUAAAAAUUAUAGAUAUAGUGGUGAAUCUUUUCCGAAAUCUCAUAGCCUGCAUUAGUAUUUUUCUCUGUGGAAAGAUGACUAUGAUAAUUUGGUGCACUUGGUGUGCUGCCACUUUUGCUGAAAAGUUGGGAACUACUUUUAAAUCUGUAAAUAACUUUGGACAUUUUUUUGUAUUGUACCUUUUUCUUUACGUCAGCACCUAUGUAGGUUUUUAUUUCCAAAUUGUUGACAUGAUCUUUUCUCCAGACUAUUAAAAGUGACAUUUUCUAUUUUAGAUAUGCAGUCAUCUACUAGUGAUGAAUUAUUUUACUCAGUUUGAGGAUUUUUCAUUAGUUUAAUCAUGGAAUAUACUUCCUGGAUUUUAAGAUUUUUUUUAGAUGUCACAUUUCUAUUUCAGUAUUUUAUCACCUUAUUUUUUUUUAUUUUGUAGUAAGGCUUAAGGCAGAUAUUGUGGACCUCUUUUAAGGAUGAGAUUCUUCCAGCCACCACUGGACUAGGCUAAUACUGUUGAUGAGAUCUGUAAGAAAAAUCAUUUUAAUGUUGCUGUCUGCUUCCCUUUUAUUUUUUCUAAGAAAAAUAUUUUAUUCUUAUGUGUAAAAUCUCCCGAGUUCAGAACCUGACGCUAUCAGUAGUCUUCUUAUGCAAUAUGUUUCAUCAUGCUCCUAAAAUAGGCCUCUUCUGGACUAGAUCAAAAUGGCAAAAUAAUCAGUAUUCAUGUUUUACUCCGUUUACAUGCAUACUUGCUUACUCAGCACUUUCAGUGCUUUGAAUUUCUGUCUUUCUUAAAAAAGCAGGAAGGAAUAAGGUAAUUUAAUCCAAGCAUUCUGGUUAUCAAAAUUACUGUCUUAACAUGAAAAUAAAUGACUGUGUGUGUGUAUAUGUGUGUGUGUAUGUAUGUUCACUUUGGUUUUUGCAGUGUUAAUAUAGAAUUAUUUAACUCUUGUUGCCUGUGUUUUUCUCAAACACUUCACUUUAAUGAUUGUUCUUAACCUAAGGAAAAAAUUUAAUUCAACUAGUGGUAAAUACUUGAACUUAAUUGAACCCAAACCAAAAGAUUUAAUUCAUUCAGUUUCCCAAUUUGAAGGAAAAUGUUUGAUUCACUUUCAUUGUUUGUGUUAUGAUGAAAGGAGACUGGCUGAAUAUAAUCAAGACUCUUAAUUUGAUUUGAUUGUUCACUGUGGCUGGAGCCAGAUAAGUUCUAGAGCAUUUAAAAAUGGAAAUUGAAAAUUUAGUCAAUAACUAAUGAUGAAAUGAGGUUGAUUGGCUUAUAAAAUGUACAUUUAUUUUUGGCAAAGUAAUGUAAAAUGUAGAUAUUUAUUUUAAAAGCAGCUAAUAUUAAUAUUGAUAAUUGAUCAUUAAAUUUAUUGAUGACCACAUCAUAGUCACUUAAAUAUGUAUUGGUUAUCUAGAGGGGGAGGGUGUAAGAAAGAAAGUGAUUUUAUCUUGUUCAUGCUCUUUUGCAAGAAAAGUGGCUUUUUAAAAAAGGAAGACAUUUAUAUUAUGAAACUAUUUUGGAAAUUCAUUCCUUUACAAAAAUAAAUGUUGAAAUAAACAUUUUUGACUCCUUGGAUAUUUCUAUAAUUCUGGCCACCAUGUUUGUAUUUUUUUUAUAUUUCUGUAAUUCUGAACAAGAUUUUAAACCCCUCAUCCAAAUGAUACAAUAUAAAGCUAUAUUAAUGAGUUUCCACGUAGUAGUUUCAAUAGUUGUUUCAAGCUUGAAACUUCAUUUUUACUUUCGUUCACAUUACCUUUCUCUGAUGGUAUGGAUGGUCACUAGUAGUAUAUUUAAAAUAGCAAAGUUUCAAAGUUGUUAUUUCCUUAGUCUGCAGUCUCUAUCUUCUGCAUGACUGGCUGCAUGACAGUUAAUUCAGCAUCCAAAUUCAUUUUAUAAAAGUAGGCUGUAUAUAUUUCUUUUUUUUAUUUUUUAUUUAUUUAUUUUUUAGUACUGGGGAUCAAACUCAGGACCUUGCACUUGUGAGGCAGGCACGGUGCCACUAUGCUAAAUCCCCAGCCCUGUUUGUAUACAUUUCUUCAUAAAACAGAAAUGAAAUGGAAAUGCUACUAUAAAGUGCCAUGUUACUUUAAGUCAGAUCUUUACAGGAGCUGUACUUUGCUGUUCUGUAAUUGUAUCCAUCUACCUAAAAUACAAGUAAAAGUAGAACAUAUCAUUUAUUAAACAAUGAAUUUUUCAUUUACUAAAUGCCAAACUUUUGCUAGACAUAUUAAAUGUCAAGUAUUUUGACUACAUGGAUUAACUUUAAUGAUUAUAUUAGGCAUGAUAUUUAACAACACUAAUAAAUUAUUUGUAGAAAAUAAAAGCAAAUUGGUAUACAUUUUUAAGCAAUUCUAUUUUUCUAGAAAAGAUUAGUAACAACCUGAAUGUGUAGAAUUCUAGAAAAUAAGUUAUUGUGAAACUUAAAAAUGAAUGAAAAUCAACUAGUAGCAUGCAAGAUCAUAGAUCCUGCAUUAAAUAUUUUAUUUGUAAGAAUUUAAAAAUUAUGAGCUUGGGUUUAUAAAAUUUACAUUCUUAUGUAUAAAUCUUGAGGGUUCUUUGCAUUUAUUUAAAACUCAAAAUGGCAUUUUAUAUGAGUGCAAACAAAGUAACUCAAUCUUAAAUUACCCCAUAGUAUGCUAAUUUUUUAUUCCAACUGUUAUUUUAUUUCAUAGACUAGUUCCAUGUUAAGAGAAAUGAGUUAGGUCAUUAUCAUCUUUAAGAGUAAUUUUGCUAUAUUAAAGAUGACCCAAUGCUGUCUUAAAAGUUUUAAAAACUGCCUAGUUUGUAGGUAUUUGAAUCAAAUUCUUUUCUAAAUUUAAUAGUUGACUCAUCAAAUUUUACUCUAGCGUCAGUUUUUAAAUUGUAUACUUUCUCUGACACACACUGGCCAUCUGAGGAAGGGCUGUUCAUGGUGUGAAGAGCCAGCUUUACUGUCAGCAGCACUAUUUAUUAUCCUGCAUUUAGAAACAUUCUCACAGAGAUGCAGGGGGGAAGUGUGAUCAUAAUGUACAUGCUUCUGCUGUUUCAUUUUUUAAUGGAAAUAAACAUGUUCCAAAUGACCCUAUUACACAUUUGAACAAAUUAUGAUUUUUAUGUUGCUCUUAACUCCAGAUAUGUAAAUAUGCGUCUGAAUUGGCUUUAGUCAGAUGUGAAAUUGAAAAAAAUUGAAAAACUUACAUAUUGGUUGACAUUAUCAGUUAUAUUUCAUAGAAGCCUAUGUAUUUAUUUGUAUGUGUUUUGGAUUCCAUAAGAGGUGAACAUGUCACUUUAUCAGAAGAAGGCCACAGUGUGUUCAAGUGCCGCAGGGAGCCGCUUCCUAUGCGCAGACCCUGGAGCCACGCAUACCUCCCAGCCCCAACCACAACUGGCUUACACUGCAGUGACUGAUACAAAACAAAUGCGAUGUUUGUAGCAACAAGAAAAGCUUGUAGGAUCUGGAGGAGACACUGAGACUGCUUUUCCCCUAAAAGAUGAAAACAUCAAUCUAGAAAUUUUCUCUCUGAAUCCAUCCAGUCCUUCCAUUUCUCCUGCCCGAUAGCCUAGACUUCAUCAGUGCCUCACUCCAAGAGGCCAGCAUCUUUCUGUGUCAACUUCUGAGACCUCCCAUACAUCUGUAAACUUCCCAGACUCUUGUGGCAAGUUUAAAAGUUUACAAAUUGAUUCUGUCAUUGGAAAAAAGCAUCAUAAAGUUAAUAAAUCACAAUUAAGAGGCUACAGGAAGCCAUUCAGCAUUUAAUAAUAUCUAUUUAUAACAAAGCAAAGCUAAUUAUGAUUUUAUUUAGAAACAUCUGUAAUCACUUUUUCUUAAACUGGUUUAGCAGUGAGUUUUGCGAAGUGUUUAAACUAGGGGUUUAUUGUAGGCAUGUAAAUUAUGUGAAUGUUCUUAGAUCCCAUAUCAGCAGGGGAGAGAAAGGAAUUGAGCUGUUAGGUGGUGGGAUAGGGGCCUGGCUUGCAGCAUUUUAGAGUACUGCUCUUCAAUAGAGAAAACUUUCUUCUGGUACUAGUUCUUUACAAAUAAGCUUACUGGCUAAUAGAUUAUUUGGUGUUUCCCAGAAUACAACACUUAAGCUCUACUUUUUUCUCACCCAGACUUCAAGUAGCCUCUCCCUGCUUUGAUAAUGUCAUACCUUGAUUGGAAGAUAUUUUUCAUACCAGUAAAGAAUUGUAGGCAGCUCCUAAAGAUUAGUUUUUUUGCAUUGAAAAUGUUUACACUUACUCUGGUUAGCAGAGUUUUGAUAUCUGACCCUAUACACAAGACCAAAAAUGAUGAGAAACAUUUCUAAAUCUCAAAGAUUUAUAAGUACAGUACCUCUGGCUGAAAACAUGUUUAACAUCACCUAUCUUUUUUUCUUUAUAUUUCUCUGUAAUUCUUUAGUGAAAUGUGUGUUAGUUACUUACUACUUCUUGGUUAAAGAAACCUAAAAAUAUAUUCAUAAAUAAAAUGUGCUGUGUAUUUUUGUUUCUUGUUUUGUUUCUGAUAUGAUUAUGUCUACUUUUUACUUAACAGACUUGUGUGUAAUACUUUUAAUUUGUAACUAGGAUAAGUUAUGAGGGUUUUUUUGGUAAUUGCUAGAAUUUGUAAUAAUAAUGCCAUUUAGACUUUAUUGGAAAAUCUACUUGAAAACUGCAGUACAUGCAAUAGCUAUAGUGAGAUAUAUAUACAUAUAUAUACACUUUGUAUGUAUAUAUAGUUUCUUUUGAGAAUAUAUAAUACAUAAUAUUUAAUUGUAAAAGUUUUUGAAAGUUUCUCAAAAGACACUCAACAUUUUGAGAACAUACUUUAUAAUUUCCAUAAGGUUGAAGAACUUUGUUUUAUUUAUAAAACAAAACUAGAUAAUUUGUAGAUCAGUGUUACUAAGACUCAUCAGUAAUUAGAAUACAAUUUAGUACCCUUUAUUUUGGUUUCUAGUUGGGCUUUAUCUGAAUUGAUAAUAAAUAUCCUUUGGUAUUUUUGUUAAAAUUUUUGAAAUGUUUGUAUACUUUAUUUGUAUGCGUGCCAUUUUAAAGUAUAUGCAAGUUCUAAGCAAUAAUCUGCAUGUUGUACAAGUCCAGCAUACUUUGUCAUGACAAUUUUAUUUAUAAUUAAUUUUAAGAAUGGAAAAGAAUAUUAUAUAACCUCCUCCUCACCAUGAACACUUUGGAAUUUUCUUGUGCUAGAACACUACUAUAAUGUAGUACAAAGGUUUGUAUUUUGUGAAAAAAAAAUAAAAUCACGAUUUAGUGCAAAA